UUUUACAGUCAUCUUGCUGCAUUUGUGUUAUUGUUAGAGUUUCCGUCCUUCCUUUUUCCACGCAUCUUUCAGUAAGCAUUAAAACGGUCCUUAAGUGUUUUAUUCUGUGUUGGUUUGGGCGAGAAACGCCCCUCGUCAGCUGACUGGACGCGUGACAUGGAACCUUCGUCCACUUCCUCUAACGGAGAGCUCGUGAGCUCGGGUCUGCUCGAGCAACAGCAGGAGUAGCUGCUCGGUAAACGCUCGUGAGCCCGCGUGUCCUCUGCUGCUGUGUUAAACGCUAUGAGUUAGCGAACGAGUACAGGGACCUUGAGAGAUGCCGUCCAAUAAGAGUGUGUCAGAUGCCCCAAUCACUCAGUUUGUCAACUGCAGAAUCCUCAGAGAUCACAGUUUGCAAAGGGAAGACCUGUGGGUUCGGGAGGGUAAGAUUUUGAACCCUGAGAAACUGUUCUUCGACGAGCAAGGUUUUGCCGACCAUAAAGUUGACUGUGGAAAUAAAAUAAUUGCGCCUGGAUUUAUAGAUGUACAGAUCAAUGGCGGGUAUGGCGUCGACUUCUCUCAGGUCACCAGUGACAUCAAAGGGGGUGUGGCUUUGGUGGCCAGAAGAAUUCUGGAACACGGGGUCACCUCGUUUUGCCCCACCCUGGUGACGUCUCCUCCAGCCAUUUACAAGCAGGUCAUCCCGGAGGUCACGCUGACAGACGGGGGUGAAGAGGGGGCUGGAGUGCUUGGUCUUCAUCUGGAAGGUCCCUUUAUCAGCCUGGAGAAGAGGGGCGCUCACCCUCCUCAGUUCCUCUGCUCCUUUGAAGAAGGAGGCAUGCCUGAUCUCCUCAAGAUCUAUGGGGAGCUAGAGAAUGUCGCCAUAGUUACCAUGGCACCAGAACUAGCCAAUAGUGGGCAAGCAAUCCGUGACCUGGUGCGGCGAGGGAUUACGGUGUCACUGGGUCAUUCCAUGGCUGAUCUCUCUAAGGCUGAGGAGGCUGUCCAGCAUGGAGCCACGUUCAUCACACACCUGUUCAAUGCAAUGUUACCUUUCCAUCAUCGGGAUCCGGGCAUUGUGGGGCUGCUGACGAGUGACCGUCUGCCAGCAGACCGCACUGUGUAUUACGGCAUGAUCGCUGACGGAAUACACACACACCCCGCGGCCCUGCGUAUCGCACAUCGCGCUCACCCAGCAGGACUGGUGUUGGUCACUGACGCUGUCCCAGCCAUGGGACUCCCUGCGGGCCGACACACUCUGGGACAGCAAGACAUUCACAUUGAAGGACUCCAUGCCUGUGUGGCAGGAACAACCACUCUGAGUGGCAGCAUCGCUACCAUGGACAUGUGUGUGAGACACUUCAGACAAGUUUCAGGCUGUACGGUGGAGGAAGCACUGGAAGCUGCUUCUCUUCAUCCUGCUCAGCUACUUGGGAUCAGCCACAGGAAGGGAACACUGGACUACGGCACAGACGCAGAUUUUGUGAUACUGGAUGACACACUAACAGUCAGAGAGACCUACAUCGCGGGUCACCUGGUAUGGAGGAAGUGACAUCACUCAUGGACUGCUGUGCGUUUGGACAGACCUCUCCAGAAUGCAAUCAGAGGAAAUCUUACUUGACUGUUUUUGUACUAAAAACAUGCGCACACACACACCCAUCAAAAUAUUCACAUCCACGGUGGGAGUGUGUGUGCACGCUCAGGAUCUAGAGCAGUAGAUUAGCAUUAAAAUAUAAACACCAGAGAUGUGGUCACUGUCAUGCUCAUGACAUGGUGCCUUGUUUGUGACACUUUCCCCCCACCUGUAGCUAUGUUAAAGGUGACCCCCUCUUCUCAUUCUUCCAUAGCUGAAAGUUUUUUGUUUUUGUUUUUUUUGUCAAACGUCUGUCACACAACAAUGUCCCUUGUUUACACAACAGGUGCAAACAUGUUCCCUCAGCUGACCUUUGAACCGUUUUGUAUACAUAACAGUGCGUUCUCCGCAACUGAGCACCACCGCCUUCUCGCGGUGUGGGGUUGAAUAAACGCUGUUGGGUUA